AAAGACCAAGGAUUCACUUUCUUUGUCUGUUUCUUUCUCUUUUAUUUCUCUCCUUACCAUUCUCCACUGUUCACUACUGACUUUCUUUUGUUUUCUUUUCUUUUUCUUUUCUCUGUUUUCUCUGUAAGUGUGCGUGUGAGAGAGAGAGAGAGAGAGAGGGAGAGAUGUUAAUGGUGUGAGGAAAAAAAGAAUGGAGUGGGAAAAUAAUCAAGAAAAUCAACAACAACAGCAAGAAAAUCAAAAUCAAAGAGUUGAAAACAGAAAUAAUGGUAAUAUGAGCAACAAUAGUGUUAAUGGGAAUGGAAAUGGAGGAAUGUUGUAUGUGAAGGUGAUGACUGAUGAGCAACUUGAAACUCUUAGGAAACAGAUUGCUGUUUAUGCCACUAUUUGUGAACAACUUGUUGAGAUGCACAAGACCCUUUCUGCCCAGCAAGAUCUUGCAGGAGGCAGGCUGGGAAAUCUGUACUGUGACCCAUUAAUGGCUUCUGGUGGACACAAGAUCACUGCAAGACAGCGAUGGACUCCAACACCAGUGCAGCUUCAGAUUCUGGAGCGUAUCUUUGAUCAGGGGAAUGGAACUCCAAGCAAGCAAAAGAUUAAAGAGAUAACCUCUGAACUCAGCCAGCAUGGACAAAUUUUUGAAUCAAAUGUGUAUAAUUGGUUUCAAAAUAGACGCGCACGAUCUAAAAGAAAACAAUUGGUUGCUUCGUCUAACAAUGCUGAAUCAGAAGUUGAAACAGAAGUUGACUCGCUAAAUGAGAAGAAAACAAAACCAGAAAUAUUUCACUCCCAACAAACCCCUCCAAGGGUUGAAGAUCUAUGCUUCCAGAGCCCUGAGAUAAGCUCUGAACUGAAUUUUUUGGGUGUGUUACCAAACCAAAGAGAUGACCAUUUAACUGGAAAGAUGGGAAUGCCAGGAAGCUACAAUCUUUACGAUCAGGCAGACGACUAUGGCAUGGGAGGAUGACACAUGUUUCUAUCUGUUGAUGCUAAUUUGUUUGACAAAUGAAUGUCUUGACUAGAAAUCAUGUCUUUCCAAAUGGAACAUGAGAACCAAAGACAAUUCACUCCCUUUGUGAGAUCUAAAGUAUAGCAGAGUUGGUUAUAGUUUUGAUGAUGGUUGUAAGUUGGAGAAUGGACAGUCCUGUACCCCAUUAUAAUCUUAUUUGGCUUGUGAUUAAUAGAUUUAUGUUCAGGAAUAUGCUAAUUUGUUAGUGAAUUUGAGCUUCUAAUAUAUGCUUUAUAGCCAGUAAUACAAAUUUGCAGCAUUUGAGACUUGCUGUAUGAUUAUAUAACUAAGAUAAAAGUUUGGCGA